UCCCUCCCACCGCGGUGCCCCGGCGGGCAUAGGACAGAUCGUGGGCCUUAUUUUCAUUGAAUAACCUGUAUCCUGUUGAUUAAGAAAUCAGAUUGGAUUUUUUUUUUCCUUCCUCAUUGGAAAAGCACAGUAGUGGCUCCCUGUUCAUUUCAAUGUGAGUUUGCUGCUCAUGGGUGUAAGUAAAUUAGAUGUCUUAUACAGAAAACUUCUCCUCACUAAACUCUUCAUCAGAGGAUGGGGAAAACCAGAGGAUCUGAAAAGAAUAUUUGAAUUCAGAAAGAUUAUUGGAAACAGGGAAAAAUGCCAGACGCUGGUUUCAAAAGAUUACCCAGUUUUUAUUGACAAGGUUGAGGAGCAAUCAGACUGUAAAAUCCUUGAGGGACACUUCAUUUCCCCUUUGGCUCAUUAUGUCCCAGGUAUCCUGCCAGUCGAAUCUCUUGUAGCAAGGUUUCAGUUCAUAAUACCCAGAAGAUGGAAUAGCAGGCAUAGACCUGUAUGCAUUCAUUUAGCAGGCACUGGGGAUCAUUACUUCUGGAGGAGACGCACACUGAUGGCACGUCCAAUGAUAAAAGAAGCCUGUAUGGCUUCUCUAUUACUUGAAAAUCCUUAUUAUGGCUGUAGAAAACCUAAGGAUCAAUUACGGUCAUGUUUAAAAAAUGUCUCGGACCUGUUUGUGAUGGGAGGAGCUCUUGUUCUAGAAUCUGCAGCUCUUUUGCACUGGCUAGAGAGAGAAGGCUAUGGACCGCUAGGGAUGACUGGAAUAUCCAUGGGAGGACAUAUGGCUUCACUGGCCGUGACGAACUGGCCUAAACCACUGCCAUUGAUUCCAUGUCUUUCCUGGUCAACAGCUUCUGCAGUCUUUACUACGGGUGUGUUGAGCAAGGCAGUGAACUGGAGAGAGCUGGAGAAACAGUAUUUUACGCAAACUGUUUAUGAAGAAGAAAUCAUUCAGAUGCUUGAAUACUGUGGAACAGAUUCUUUCAAGAUGGGACAAGACUUUGUUAAAAACUUCCCUGACAGUGUCGACAGGCUGGAAGACAUAGAUGUGACUUCCAGAAUGUUCAACCUUGAUUCCUCGAGCAAGCCUGUAUCUAAAGAAGCUGUCCACAGCUUUACCACAAAUAAAAGUACUCUAAGUGCCUCAUCAGAAAGACUCUUAAUACAAGAUGCUCCUAAAAUGCAAUGCAUGAAUCAAACAUUUUCAACCAGUAGCAGCAGCAAUAAAAACUUAAACAGCCAACAUGGACAGAGGAUAAAUAAUAGAAGAAGGAGUGAGACUUUACAGAGAGAAUCCUUAAGGUUCAUGAAAGGAGUAAUGGAUGAAUGUACCCAUGUAGCUAACUUUUCAGUUCCAGUUGACCCAAGUUUAAUCAUAGUUGUACAAGCGAAGGAGGAUGCAUAUAUUCCCCGAACUGGGGUGCGCAGUCUUCAGGAAAUCUGGCCUGGAUGUGAAAUCAGGUAUCUGGAAGGAGGUCAUGUCAGUGCCUACCUCUUCAAACAAGGACUCUUUAGGCAAGCAAUUUAUGAUGCGUUUGACCGCUUUCUUCAGAAAUACGCUGUUUAACAAUCUUCAGAAUGUAUUCAAACGGAUCUUGUUUGUAUUUCCCCUUACUGGAACUCAUAUUUGGAAAACAAGCCUCUUACAAUGUUGAGUAGAUGGUCACUUACUUUGAAUGUUGUAGGUAACAAUUAUAAAAAAAAAAAACAAACACAUAAAGUACCAGUAUUACUUUCAUGUCAACCAAGUGCCAUUCAGACAUGUUUCAGCUUUACCUGUGAAAAAGCAAUGGCAGCAUUUGUCAGUGCAUGAAUGGUUCGUGUACUUCAUAUUUAAUUGCAUUUUGUAUUCCUUUAAUUCUGUAUUUGUUGAAAAUAGAUCAAUUUAAGUAUUGAUAAAAUGUAAAAUUUGAUGCAGGGCUAAGAUGUUGUCUUGCAUUUAGUGUAUUUAUACUUUGUUCCAGCUAUUUUGUUCUCCUCUUGCUUCUCCUCUUCUUGGCACCUUGGUAUUCCUAUUGCAUUUUACUAUGGCUUUGCCAACACUGCCUCUUGUGUUUGUCACUAUUUUCUCUUUUAUGAAUUGGAAAUGAGCUAUAGUGGAAGGGGCAGAAUCAAAUCUCACAAAAAGAGCUUGUAAAAAUGGAAUGCAGGGUGAGAGAAAGACAUUUUCAUUCAAUGCACCCGUUAGAUUUUUCUGCCACUGAAUUAAACCGUGCCAUUCUGGAAGAGUCAUGUAGCUAUUCAUUGGUUGGUUUCACAGAACUGAAAUAAUUGUAAAUGGAGCACCCAGUAAUUCAUUUUUUACAUACAUUCAGUUGGAUAUUAAAGUUUUUCUAGUAGUUUUUUUUUAAUUGCUAAAGGGAAUGAAAAUGUAAUAAUUUUUCUUUAGAAACAGUGGCAGAAAGAGUCUGAUUCUAAGCAGUUAAAUCAACAGCAGAUUAUAUGGUGCUAUAAACACCUGUUUGAAACAUUUCAGCAGGGGUCCUUUUUAAAAUGCACUCAGUACUGAUAUGCAAAAUACAGUAUAAUAUUGUAUAAUUUUUUAAAUGUAUGCGAGACUAAGGGUUAUCAAAACAGUUACAUUGGCUCCUUACUUUUCAGCAGUGUAUUUUUAAUGGAUGUAAAAAAAAAAAAAAGUUAGGUUUAAGAAAAGCUUAAACUUGUUUAAGGAAAUCCAAAACGUGUUGUUUCCUCUUUUGGAAUGAAAAAUGCCAAGAAACUACAGUAAAAACAAAGGUCAUCAUGCAUCAGCUGUAUCUGGUAGCUGCAUCUUAUGUUGUGGUUAUGUCCUGUAUCGUUCUUUUGAAGCAAGUUUGCAGAGAAGCUGAAGGCCAAAACACUUCAGUUACUAAUUUAAGUACAGUAAUGACAGGAGUUACACAGAAAUAAAUGGUAAAAUCCAGAUAGUUCUGGAGAUACGUGACUUUUGUACCUUUCAAAUCAAGCACUUUGAUCUUCAUGGGUACCAUAAUGGUUUUUAAUAGUCAGUGUGAAGCAAUCAAAACUGAGUUUGUUUAAAUAUAUAGUCUUGAAUUUCAGUCUGGCAGACAGAACAAGUAACUGGGAAUGAAUCAUGGUUCACUUGAAAAUCGGUAAGUUCAGAUAAAACUGAAAUGCAGCAAUUUGUAAUAACUGAAGUCAAUUAGCAUCCAAAUUUCCUGAAAAUGCAAAAAGUUGUAAUAUAUUGGAAGUUACAUUUCUUGUUUCAAGUGGUUUUUUAUCAUUUCUUUAGGCGUUGUUGGUUUUAUAUAUAUUGGGAGCAAGUAUGAAGUGACUAGUGUGUUUAAAUAUUUGAAAAUACUGACUGUUGGAAGGUUUGAAAUCAAUUAUUUGCAAGCUCAAAAAUCUAAAAUUAAAUGCUUGAAUACUAACCUCAAAGUUUUAUGGGUUUUAACUUGAUACAAGCUCAGUUGUCAGCUUAGCUCAGUUGUCACCCUUAGCUCAGUUGUCAGCUAAGGGUGUUUUACACUGUUUGCUGUUUGCCAAAUUGUUUUUGUCUCUGGUUGGUCCCAUUUGAAUGUAUCUGUGUGCUUUAUGUCCUGUUUCUGUUGCAGCUAUGAAAGAAAGGGACAUAACUGGUGACAAAGGAAAGGGCUUGAAUAAAUGGAAGAGAGAAAAGAUAGAGUUUAUAAGGUCAGGAGUAAGCCUAAAGAAUCAACUUCUCUACGCUGUGAAGUAUACAUGCCAAUGUAAAUAUUGUCAAAGAGCACAAUACAAGGAGUUACACAACUUACAAAAACUUGACAUUCUGAGGUUAGUGUUCUGAUGAUACUACUACUGAGGCUUAACUUUCCUUAAGGGCAUGCCAUUCAAUGAAGCAGAUUUAUAUUGAUGUAACUCCUGUUCCCGAGAAAGUCUUUUGAAAGUAGUGAAGGACUGGUCUCUAACAAGUGAGAAAUCACACUUUGCUACGUAACUAAAGUAGCGUUGCCAAAUAUAAGAGUCCAGUAAGAAGCAUUUAAGAAAUUUCUCAGAAUAAUAAGAAUAAUAAGAAUAAAAAAGGAAUAAUUACAUAUGUGGUUUACAUCUGCUGGUUAUCAGACACAGGAAGCUAUUAGCUGAUCUGUAAAGGGAAGAGUCUUGCAGUGUAAAUGUUUUAACUUUUGGAAAAUGGGCUUUUUAAACCAGAUUUUAUGAAUAAGUCCUAAGAGAGCAUUAUUAGUAAUCCAUUUUUGAUGUUAAAUGAGAAUGUGAUUUUAAUUCAGUAAGUGCAUGAGAAAAACAUUGGAAUAAGGUUCCUGCACUAAAUCCAAACAGCAGGUAGCCAUUCUGUGUGUCUUAAAAUUACUGUAAAACUGACCUUGAUCAUUUUUCAGUUGUAAUGAUUUUUCAAUAAAAAUCCUAC